UCUUUCUCUCUCACUCAACAUGCCUCUCUUCCUUCCUUCUUUGUUUUUCCUUCAUUCUCUUCUCUCAACCACUCUUCUCUCUCACUCCUUCCCCUUCCCCAACCAUGGCCACCGCCCUCACCCUCACCGCUUCGCCUCUCACAACUACAGAGAUGCUCUCAGCAAGUCUAUCAUCUUCUUUGAAGGCCAGAGGUCUGGCAAGCUCCCUUCUAACCAGAGGAUAACUUGGAGGAGAGACUCUGCUCUCUCUGAUGGCUCUGCCAUGCAUGUUGAUUUGGUGGGAGGGUACUACGAUGCAGGGGACAAUGUGAAGUUCGGUUUUCCGAUGGCAUUCACGACCACCAUGCUCUCAUGGAGUGUUCUCGAGUUCGGUGGGGUCAUGAAGGGCGAGUUGCAGAAUGCCAGAGAGGCCAUCCGCUGGGGAACUGAUUACCUUCUCAAAGCCACUGCACAUCCUGGCACCAUUUAUGUUCAGGUGGGAGACGCUAAGAAGGACCACGCGUGUUGGGAGAGGCCAGAAGACAUGGAUACUCCAAGAAAUGUGUACAAGAUAGACCAUAAUACCCCUGGUUCAGAAGUGGCCGCGGAAACCGCUGCGGCUCUUGCAGCUGCUUCUCUUGUUUUCAAGAAAACCGACCCCACCUACUCCAAAAUUUUGGUUAGGAGGGCCAUCUCUGUUUUCCAAUUUGCUGAUAAAUACAGAGGAUCAUACAGCGAUGGGUUGAAACCAUUUGUGUGUCCGUUCUACUGCUCUUACUCAGGCUAUGAGGAUGAGCUUCUUUGGGGUGCUGCUUGGUUGCACAAGGCUACUAGGAACUCCAUCUAUCUUAACUACAUUAAGGUUAAUGGACAAACACUUGGUGCUGCAGAAUCUGACAAUACAUUUGGGUGGGAUAACAAGCAUGUUGGAGCAAGAAUCCUUCUCUCUAAAGAAUUUCUUGUUCAGAAAGUGCAAACCCUACAUGACUACAAGGGUCACGCGGACAAUUUCAUCUGUUCCCUCAUUCCAGGAACCUCUUUCUCUUCGGCACAAUACACACCAGGUGGGCUUCUAUUCAAGAUGAGUGAUAGCAACAUGCAGUAUGUUACAUCCACCUCCUUCCUUCUCUUAACCUAUGCCAAAUACUUGACCAAAUCCCACACCGUCGUCAACUGUGGCGGCACCACCGUUACUCCCAAGAGGCUCCGUGCGAUAGCCAAAAAGCAGGUGGAUUACUUGCUGGGAGACAAUCCCUUGAAGAUGUCGUACAUGGUGGGGUAUGGUCCAAGGUACCCAAGAAGGAUACACCACCGGGGAUCAUCUCUGCCGUCCAUUUCUGUACACCCUGGCAAGAUCCAAUGCUCAGCAGGGUUCGGUGUCAUGAACUCACAAUCCCCCAACCCCAACGUUCUUGUUGGUGCUGUGAUUGGAGGGCCGGAUCUGCAUGAUAGGUUCCCGGAUCAACGGUCAGAUUAUGAGCAGUCAGAACCAGCCACUUAUAUCAACGCACCUCUUGUGGGUGCACUCGCUUAUCUUGCACACUCAUUUGGCCAACUCUGACCACACUAUCUUUAGUUAACUUUCAGGGUUAUGUAAAAAGUGCACAAGGUGUAAGGGGAUAAAGUGCUAUGGUAAGGACCAGCCUCCCUAUAACCUUGAAGCACCACGUAGGGUUUGGUGUUCUAUUUUACAGUUUGUUAGCGUUUACGAGUUUAGUUAUUCUAGUUUCCUGUGAGAAACGCCGUUAACUUGUGGUUGUGUGUGUGGGUUUUUCUAUAUCAAUUAAACUGUUGGUAUCGGUGCAUUGCGAUGAUUUGAGAUUCUGGUGUAAGACAGCGGUGUUGUUCUAAUUAGUUAAA